AGAGAUAGCGUAUGGUUGAAUGGGAACCUGCAGAUACGGGGUCGACUGUAUCAGCUCGUGGCCCUAGGGGGGUGGCUGGACGUGCAGAUGUAAUGGGGGCAGGCAGACAAUCUGCAGUUUCAUCAAACAAACUUACAGCUGUUGCUGGCAGUCAUGGAAACAGAUGGAACUUGAUCAUAAAGCCUCCAAAGCCCACCGCCGGUUGCUUACAUACAGAGAAACAGUCACUGUACAAAGCAAAUGUAUCAGAGAAAAGAUAUAACUGAGUGAUAGUAGGUAGGAGUUGUACAACAAGUAUUUCCCGGAUCCAAAUCAUACCUAUCGUCUGAUAAUCUGCAUAUUCAGGUAUUCAAGCUUACAUGCUUAAGAACGGUGUCAGAUGUCGUCAUUGCUUUUCUCCCUCAGCUCCCGAUUCACUCUAUCGCAACAUAAUUCCAACUAUGCUUCCAAC